CCAGCAUUAUCUUUUGACAGGCACAGAUGGAGUCCCCCGAACCUGCAAAGGAAACGGUCCUCAUCACAGGAGGAGUGGGCUAUUUUGGUUCCCGGCUAGGCCUGGCUCUGCAGGAGAAGGGAGUGCACGUGAUCCUGUUUGACAUCAGCAACCCCAAGCAGCCCCUGCCCGACGGGAUCAAGUUUGUCUACGGAGACAUCCGCAGCCUGGAAGACCUGGACCGCGCCUUCCAGGGCAAGGACAUCACCUGCGUGUUUCACGUGGCAUCCUUUGGCAUGUCCGGGCGGGAGCAGCUAGACUCCCACCUGAUCGAGGACAUCAACGUGAGGGGCACAGAGAACGUGCUGCAAGCCUGCCAGCGCCUAGGGGUGCCGAGGAUCGUCUACACCAGCACCUUCAACGUCGUGUUCGGAGGGCAGGUCAUCUGCAAUGGCGACGAGUCCCUGCCCUACCUGCCCCUCCACCUCCACCCUGAUCACUACUCCCGGACCAAGUCUGUGGCCGAGAGGACAGUGCUGGAGGCCAACGGCAAGGCCCUGGCCCGCGGGGGCGGCAUCCUGCGCACCUGCGCUCUGCGGUCCGCGGGCAUCUACGGGCCGGGCGAGCAGAGGCACCUGCCCCGGAUCGUGAACUACAUCGAGAAGAGGCUGUUCUGGUUCGUGUACGGGGACACGGACAGCCUGGUGGAGUUCGUGCACGUGGAUAAUCUGGUACAGGCCCACAUCCUGGCCGCCGAGAGCCUGAAGGCAGACCGCGGCCACGUCGCCGCUGGGCAGCCCUACUUCAUCUCCGACGGCAGGCCGGUGAACAACUUUGAGUUCUUCCGGCCACUGGUGGAAGGCCUGGGCUAUCCGUUUCCCUCCAUGCGCCUGCCCUUGACCCUCAUCUACGGGCUGGCCUUCCUGACGGAGAUGGUCCAUGCCGUCGUGGGCCCGCUGUACAACUUCCAGCCCUUCCUGACCCGCGCCGAGGUGUACAAAACCGGCGUCACCCACUACUUCAGCCUGGAGAAGGCCAGGCGUGAGCUGGGCUACAAGCCGCAGCCGUUCGACCUCCAGGAGACUGUCCAGUGGUUUAAAGACCGCGGCCACGGCUUCGACCCCAAGAUCCCCGACCCAAGGAACCUUGUUUGGGACGGAAUGGUCAUCUUCAUUGUGGUCACAGGACUGCUCACCUGUCUGCCUUGGUCCUUGAUUCUGUCCAUGUGAUGGAGUGAGCUCCAGGGACCUCAAUGGCCAGGGUCCCCCGAGCAGAGUGUUCAAGACACACAGGGCUCAUGGUCCCCUGUAGUGGUAAUCUGGUGCCAAAUUCUGACCCUUCAAAUACCUGCCACUUUAAGAGCAGGUCCUUGGAUGAAAUCUUCAUCUCCUGAACCUCUUCACACGAAUCUGGGAUAAUGGACAGGGCUUUCCACUCCCGUGGAUAGUUACAGUCCAGAAACCCACAGGGGCAGUUCUGCCCUGAUUGUGGGCCUACACUGAUCUCUGGUGGGAAGGGAAAGAAGGUUAGAGGUGUAGUCUCUUAGGUUUUUCUCUUUCCAAGGGUAGGAAAGAAGU